GAUCUCCCUCACUGUGCACACUACUAAGUACAGACUUUCUUUCUAGAUCCGAAUAAGAAAGAGAGACAGAAGAAUUAUAGAGAGAGAGAUGUUGAAGGCCGCUUUAUAUUUCUCUUCAUACCUACACUUAGACUAUUUAAGGAAAACUCUUUGACUAAGAUACAGUAUUACUUUCCUUUUUCCCAUUUCUUGACCUUGGAGUUUGGAACUAAGUUCUUUGCUUUCUGCUCCUUUUUUCAGAUUCAAUAACUCUUUGCAUACAGGUAGUAAAACUCACCAUGUACAAGCAGUCACCCAGUAGGAACCAUAGAUCCAAAGGAAUCAAGCUUAAGCAUGUUUUACAAAUCUGUUUGUUGCUUGCUGUUUGCUUUUGGUUGAUUUACCAGGUCAAGCACUCCCAUGAUAAAAAGAAAGAAUUUGAUGAAAAUGAUGCUAAGUUUCCCAUAAAGACUGAAAGUAGCAAUGAGCCUGUGAAAUUUGGAAGGAAAGAUCUCCAACCCCGGAUUGAGGGAUUUGAUACAGUUAAUGAGAAGCAUAAAGACGAACCAGAAGAUGAAACAGUGGAAGAUGAAGAAGGGAAUAAGCCUGAGGAAGAAGAUCUAGAAGAGGAGAACAAGAUUAAAGAGAAGAAUGUUGAACACACAGAAGAUGGAGAAGACGAGGUCAAUGAUCACGAUCAAGAGAAGUCUGAUGUAGAGGUGGAUCAAGAAGAGGAUAUUGUUGAUGAAGACAAGGAAAGAGGAGAAGAUGAUGAGAAGGAAACUGAAGAGAGAGAUCCUGAAGUGAAUGAUAGUCAGAUGGAGGAAGAGAAUUUGUUGGAGGACCAUGAUCAUGAUGAGGAUUCGAGCAGUUCGCAUGAGGCGCGUGAAGAACAUUAUAAAGCAGAUGAUGCUUCAAGUGCAGUAACUCAUGAUACAGUCAUAACAACCACUGAAAAUGAUAGUGGUAAGAUAGAAAAAGAAGCAGAACAUGCUGCUGAAGUGACGAGUGAAGUUGGUGUUAAUAACAGUAUGCAGAUCAAUACUGGCCAAAACACAACAGCAGACGUUAAAGCAGAUGGAGAAGGCAGUCCUCCAAACACAACAAACAGUGAAGAAAAGCAUGAUGAUCCAAUCUCAUCCACUGCUACAGAUGCUUCGGUUUCAAAUUCCACAAUAACAGAAGGAUUAACGGAUAACUCUGGAUCGAGAACCCACUCGACAGAAGUGAGCACACAGAUGCAUGAUAUAUCUCUACAGAAUGGAACCCAGGCAGUUACUCAAGAAUAUAAUGCUACUGUAGAGGACACAACUUCUGGAGGUUCCAGCCUAUCAAUUAGUUCUUCACAGCAAAGAAGCAACCCUACAGAUAUGGCGGAUAAUCAACUUGUUUCUAAUUUAUCAUUUUCUUCUAAAAACGAUGGGGUAGACUCAACCCCGGUAGAUUCUUUGAACGUGUCUGGUGAUACGGAGUCUUCUCUGGCUGAAAAAGUCAUCCGGGGUAAUGCAACUGUUGAAGCAGUAGAUAACAAUGUGACUGAGGUUGAGAAUACAGAUACUAGUGAUGAAAAUGGAACUACUGAUGAAGGCGUGGAUGCUUCAAUUUCUGAGAAUUUGGGAGAAGUUCAAGAUGAUCCGAUUGAUACUUCUGACUCGUCCACCCACUUGGAAGAGAAACAUAUCCGCACGGACUUGGAAACUCUUCCUGAAAUACAAACUGAAGGAAACAUGGAAGAUGCUGCAGCAGAGUGAAACUGUAAAAUUAGAGGGUAGUGUGUUUAGUUUUGGUGAUAAGAAAUUCACAUUUUUCGUUUUUUAUUUUAUUUUGACGAAUGUGCAAAUUUUAAAAGUUGUUAUAGACUACGUGAAUGUUGCUAGCAAAAUAUAGGCAAGAGUGAAAGGUUCAAUUUGUAUAAUCGUUUCUAGCCUCUUAUAUUACCAGUGUGUGUUCCAUCUC